CACGUGGUGGAAAUACUGCAAGUAUAAAAUUUUUACUUCUGCAAACUUGUUUAUUUUCAGCAUCAAAACGUCAGUUUGAGAUUGCAUUUCGGAUGUUUGACCUCAAUGGAGAUGGCAACGUAGACUACGAUGAGUUUGAAAAGGUGCAGACGAUAAUCAGGCACCAAACCAGCUUUGGCAUGCGGCAUAGAGACCACCAGACAACAGGCAGCAUCUACAGGGGAGUAAGCAGCGCUCUGUGCAACUACUUCUUUGGCCAGCUUGAUAAAAAGCUCACAGUGGAAAAGUUUCUGAACUUUCAACGGCAAAAAAUACGUUUUCUCCUGAGCUGCAAAUUUAUGCGCAAAGAGCCUGAUGAACAAGGUAUGAUCAGAGAAUGGGACUUUGCUGACCUGCUGUUGACUUACGCUGGCCUCAAUGACAAAAAGAAGUCUCGUAUGAUCAAACGUAUAAAAAAAAGUUCAAGAGCCAACCCGAAGGGUAUCAGUCUUGAAGACUACCUCCAGUUCUUCCACUUCCUAAGCAACAUCACAGAAGUGGACACUGCGUUGAUUUAUCACAUUGCGGGAGCUUCCAUUGAUGAAGCUACCCUGAAACAUGUGGCCAGAACCGUCGCCCAUGUGGACCUGGAGGACUAUGUCAUUGAUGUCAUCUUCACUCUGUUCGAUGAAAACCUGGACGGCCAGCUGAGCAACAAAGAGUUUGUCUCAGUGAUGAAAGAACGUCUUCACCGUGGUCUUGAAAAACCAAAGGACACAGGAUUUGUGAAACUCAUCAACUCUGCGUGGAAGUGUGCAAAGUUGAAAAAGCCAGUGCUUCUCGACAUAUAAUAUAGGCUUGCUUUUGUGUGCA